AUGAACUGCAUCAACCCAUCCACCAUGAAUGAACGACGAGACUACCUGGCAGCAUCACUGCCCGCACUGCCGCCGCGACCAGCGGUUCAUGCCAAGGGUGUUGAGGUGGUCAGUCCAUCAUCAGACCUUCAAGGUUUGCAAUGCCAGGCCGUGGAUGAAUGCGCUCGAGCACCCCUGUGGUGUCAAUUUUUCUUCCUACCAGAUGCAUACUUUGCAAUAGGCACCAAGUUCAAUUAUGUAUCGCAAGUCUUCAGUUCAACCCACAAUGCCUCCCGAUUUCCCUCUUCCAUUAGAUGCUCGAAUUUCAGUGUUUGGGGUGGUCGCCUUUUCUCCUUCACACUCGAUGCAAGCUAUGCAACUUUCGCAGUCUUUGAGACAAUUCUCACUCUUACCCUUCAUAGCCCUCUUCUCAUUCAUACUCACCCUCACUCUCACACUCUCAUCCUCACUCCCGACCCCUCUCUCACCCGUCACCCGAACGUAGCCGCCUCCGGCCCCCCGCCCGCCCCUCAUUGCCGACCUGAGAAGGAAAAGAACCCCGCCAUCGUCACCCAAAGCUCAUAG